GCGCUUUUGCCAGACUCUCCGCCUUUCUUUCUCCAUCAUUUCUCAAUCUGUGUAUAUUUAUUCAUGCAAAUUCCUUUCCAGAAAGCAGAUAGACGAGACGCAAACCUCUGGUUUUACUUAACGGAGGAGGAGGAAGAAAGAGCAGCGCGACCAUGGAGGAUGUCCCACCUGGUUUUCGUUUCUACCCAACUGAGGAAGAGCUGGUUUCGUUUUAUCUGUAUAACAAGCUUGAAGGGAUUGGACCUGACUUGGAACGUGUUAUUCCCAUCGUCGACAUUUACGAGCUCGAUCCAUGGCAACUCCCACAGGUUUCGGGAGAGCUCUGUCAUGGAGACCCGGAGCAGUGGUUCUUCUUCAGUCCUAGACAAGAGCGAGAAGCCCGUGGAGGGAGACCGAACCGGACGACGAAUUCUGGGUACUGGAAGGCGACGGGCUCUCCUGGUCUUGUUUACUCCUCUGGUAAUCGAAUCAUCGGUCUGAAGAAAACCAUGGUUUUCUACAAAGGGAAAGCUCCUACUGGUACGAAAACCAAAUGGAAGAUGAACGAGUACAGAGCUACCCAAGGAGAAGCCACCUCAUCUAGCAGUGCAGCUCCACUGUUGAGGCAUGAAUUCAGUCUGUGUCGAGUUUAUGUGAAAUCUGGAUGUUUGAGAGCAUUCGAUCGACGUCCUGUAGGAGCUAGGACAAGCGAGGCACCAAUGCAACAAGGUCAUGUGGAUAGGGGGACGACGUCUCAUCGCAAUAUUUCUUCAUCUCUGGAGAAACUCAGCUCACCUGAUACUUCAUCUUCAGGCGAUCAAGCUCAUGACGAUUCUACUCAGCUUGGAGAAAGUGUCGACUGGAAGAUGACAAAUGAAUUUAACCCUCUAUGGGAAUGGGAACAACUGAAUUGGUUCUGAAGAAAUUAACAAAGUAAAGGUCUCAACCCAAGAGUUCAGUUGACAGAAAAUCUAACAAUUAGACUGUUAAUUUCUUAGGACAAACUAGGUCUCAACCCAAGUUGGUUGAUAGAAAUCUGUGUAAUAAUCUUAAGGGAGAGGCUGCAUGCGAAUGUUCCAUCCCAGCUUACCUACUAAAUCAAUAGCUUGAAAGAAGUAGAAGGUGGGAAUAGUUCUUUUUGUUUCUCUUUUUUAUUGUUUAAGAAUUUCUUGUGUUUUAAUUUUUUUCCAGAAGAAAGGAGAGUUGAAUUGAAUUGCAGGAAAAUGUAAAUUCUUCUGAUAUCAAAAGUGAUUUGUGUGAUAUUGAAACAGAAUUUAUUUAC